AUGUUGCCGACACCCACAUCCAUUAUGAAGGUGCAUACACCAUGGCGAGCCCUGCAGUUCUAUGCAUUCUUCCACUAUCUUCACUAUGGUAUCUUUGGAGGGGAUUUCUUGUGGCCACUGUAUUUCUCGCCGCUGAUAUAUUUGCGAAAAGUACUGGAGAGUGGCCAGUUUAGUGCAGACAUCUCAAGACUGUACACCGAACCUAGAGUGAUUCUACAGUGUAAAUGGUAUAUUUACUUGGCCUGUCUUAUCGGUAUUGGGUUCAAAGAUGUGCCAGAGAAUUUAGUACGCUACCGGCGUCUAUUGUAUUUCGAAAGACUUUUUGUUGUCUCUCCGGAGGCACUCGUUGAUGUUCCUGUGACUAAGACAUACGAGCUCCAAAAAUCGCCCUUCUUUGUAACAUUAAUGAAGCAGAUCCUCAGCAUCAUACCUCUGGAUCUGAUGAGACUUCGGUCGUAUUCGUUCUGCGCGUUAUCAAUAGUUACAGUACUCUGGGGUACCGGCGCCCACGUAUUCAGCCCUGAUCGUGGGAUAUUUCAAAAAAAAACCCCCAAGAAGCGGGAACUGGCACUAUCUCUAACCCUAUCGCGUUUCGCAAGGAUUCUAAGAGUGAGGAGUUACAACAUGAAACGGCGAAAAUGA